CAAAGCACUUGGCAUCCAGCUGCAGCAAGCACAAUGAACGGAAUACAAAAAGCACCCUGGGUUGCAUUGUGGAUUAUAUUUGCUCUGAGCACGCAUGUGACAGAAGGAGGAUUAAAUCUAGGCGGUCUCAUGAAUAUGAUACUACCAACAGUAGAAUUGACUAGUAGAAACUUUAAGCCAACAACCCCCAAAUCUGAAUCCACUACAAUGGCAGAAACUACCAAGUCCGAAACCUCUCCAACUACCAUUACACCAACAACUUUAGAUACUAGUAGCGCUACAACAAACAUGGAUGCCACAACUCCCAAAUAUGAAUCAACUACAGUGGGAGAAACUACCAAGUCCGAAACCUCUCCAACUACAAUUACACCAACUUUAGAUACUAGUAGCGCUACAACAAAGAUGGACGCCACAACUCCCACAUCUGAAUCAACUACAAUGGCAGGAACUACCAAGUCCGAAACCUCCCCAACUACAAUUACACCAACGACUUUAGAUACUAGUAGCGCUACAACAAAGAUGGACUCCACCACUCCUACCUCUGAAUCAACUACAAUGGGAGAAACUACCAUGUCCGAAACCUCUCCAACUACAAUUUCACCAACAACUUUAGAUACUAGUAGCGCUACAACAAAGAUGGACUCCACAACUCCCACAUCUGAAUCCACUACAAUGGCAGAAACUACCAUGCCCGAACCCUCUCCAACUACAAUUUCACCAACGACUUUAGAUACUAGUAGCGCUACAACAAAGAUGGACUCCACAACUCCCACAUCUGAAUCAACUACAAUGGGAGAAACUACCAUGCCCGAACCCUCUCCAACUACAAUUUCACCAACGACUUUAGAUACUAGUAGCGCUACAACAAAGAUGGACUCCACAACUCCCACAUCUGAAUCCACUACAAUGGCAGAAACUACCAUGUCCGAAACCUCUCCAACUACAAUUACACCAACAACUUUAGAUACUAGUAGCGCUACAGCAAAGAUGGGCUCUACAACUCCCACAUCUGAAUCAACUACAAUGGCAGAAACUACCAUUCCCGAAACUUCUCCAACUGCAAUUACACCAACGACUUUAGAUACUAAUAGCGCUACAACAAAGAUGGACUCCACAACUCCCACAUCUGAAUCCACUACAAUGGCAGAAACUACCAUGCCCGAAACCACUCCAACUACAAUUACACCAACGACUUUAGAUCCUAAUAGCGCUACAACAAAGAUGGACUCCACCACUCCCACAUCUGAAUCCACUACAAUGGCAGAAACUACCAAGUCCGAAACCACUCCAACUACAUUUACACCAACAACUUUAGAUACUAGUAGCGAGGCAACAAAGAUGGACUCCACAACUCCCACAUCUGAAUCAACUACAAUGGCAGAAACUACCAAGUCCAAAACCUCUCCAACUACAAUUACACCAACUUUAGAUACUAGUAGCCCUACAACAAAGAUGGACUCCACGACUCCCACAUCUGAAUCCACUACAAUGCCAGAAACUACCAGGUCCGAAACCUCUCCAACUACAAUUACACCAACAACUUUAGAUCCUGGUAGCGCUACAGCAAAGAUGGACUCUACAACUCCCACAUCUGAAUCAACUACAAUGGGAGAAACUACCAAGCCCGAAACCUCUCCAACUACCAUUACACCAACAAUUUUAGACACUAGUAGCGCUACAACAAAGAUGGACGCCACAACUCCCACAUCUGAAUCAACUACAAUGGCAGAAACUACCAAGUCCGAAACCUCCCCAACUACAAUUACACCAACAACUUUAGAUCCUGGUAGUGCUACAGCAAAGAUGGACUCUACAACUCCCACAUCUGAAUCAACUACAAUGGCAGAAACUACCAUGCCCGAAACCUCCCCAACUGCAAUUACACCAACGACUUUAGAUACUAGUAGCACUACAAGAAAGAUGGACUCCACCACUCCUACAUCUGAAUCAACUACAAUGGGAGAAACUACCAAGUCCGAAACCUCCCCAACUACAAUUACACCAACAACUUUAGAUACUAGUAGCGCUACAACAAAGAUGGACGCCACAAUUCCCACAUCUGAAUCAACUACAGUGGGAGAAACUACCAAGUCGGAAACCUCUCAAAUUACCAUUACACCAGCAACUUUGGACACUAGUAGCGCUACAACAAAGAGGGACGCCACAAUUCCCACAUCUGAAUCAACUACAGUGGGAGAAACUACCAAGUCCGAAACCUCUCCAACUACCACUACACCAACAACUUUAGAUACUAGUAGUGCUACAACAAAGAUUGACUCCACAACUCCCACAUCUGAAUACACUACAAUGGCAGAAACUACCAUGCCCGAAACCACUCCAACUACAAUUACACCAACGACUUUAUAUCCUAGUAGCGCUACAACAAAGAUGGACUCCACCACUCCUACAUCUGAAUCAACUACAAUGGGAGAAACUACCAAGUCCGAAACCUCUCCAACUACAAUAACACCAACUUUAGAUACUAGUAGCGCUACAGCAAAGAUGGACUCUACAACUCCCACAUCUGAAUUAACUACAAUGCCAGAAACUACCAUGCCCGAAACCUCUCCAACUGCAUUCACACCAACAACUUUAGAUACUAGUAGUGCUACAACAAAGAUGGACUCCACAACUCCUACAUCUGAAUCAACUACAAUGGGAGAAACUACCAUAUACUAG